CUUUGUCUUUUCCUGGCUCCCAUAUAUAGGACAAGCCUGACAGUGUCAUCCCUGUGUACUUGACUGAACUCUCAGUUGCUUAUGUCAGAUAGUGAGCACUCUGCCGGUCAAGCUCACUCUCAGCUCUAAGUUGUGUAUCGCAGUUGCUUAUGUCAGAUAGUUAAUACUCCAAGUUGUGUGUCUAGUUGAUGCUGAUUGAGCUUUGUCCUAGCAUCAAGCUCACUCUCAGCUCUACUCUCGUGUGCAAUGGAGGAAUGCCUUGAUCAGCAGCAGCAGCAGAAGAAGAACAGCAAUGGCCAGCUCCAGAGGCUCGAGGGCAUCGAGGAGGAAGGCGGCCCGGCCCCGGCGGAGAAGUGGCCUCCGACGACGGUGCGGGCGCCGGAGACCCCGACGGAGACGAUGGAGUUCCUCGCAAGGUCCUGGAGCCUUUCGGCCGCGGAGAUAUCCAAGGCGCUCAAGGUCCUGAGCAGCAAGGGCGUCUGCGACAUCCCCGACGUGGGCGUCGUCGCGGGCGCAGGUAAAGAGCAGAGGUCGCCACCGCCGCCACUUGACGCGACAAUGGCGGCGGCGCAGGCAGGAGGAGGAGUGGCGAGCCCGCCGUUCUCUCCCAGGGCGGGCACCAUGGACGCGCAGCUCCUUCGAGCCGCGGCCGCCGCGGGGAGGGCAGGGGGCAAGACGACGAUGGGCGCGUGGAUCAAGGAGCAGAAGGAGAAGAAGCGCGCCGAGGCCCGGUCCCGCAACGCGCAGGCCUACGCGGCGACGUCCGUGGCCGGGGUCGCGGCGGCGGUGGCCGCGCUGGUCGCCGGCGCGGUGUUCUCGUCCUCGCCUCCUGCCCCCGCCGCGGCGCCGGAGCGCGGCCCGAGGGGCGACGGCGGGGCGAAGACGGCGGCGGCCAUCGCGUCGGCGGCGGCGCUGGUGGCGUCGCACUGCGUGGAGAUGGCGCAGGCGAUGGGCGCGAGCCACGACCAGAUCCUGGGGUCGAUCCAGUCGGCCGUGAACGCGCAGGCGAGCGGCGACAUCAUGGCGCUGACAGCCGGCGCGGCGACGGCGCUGCGCGGGGCCGCCAUGCUGCGUGCCAGGCUCCACAAGGAGAUCCAGGCCACCGCCCUGCCCGGGGACGCCGGCAGGGCGGCCUCGGAGCGGGACAUCUCGCCGCUCAUCUUCGUGUCCAGAGGCGGCGAGCUCCUCAAGCGCACGAGGCAGGGUAUACUCCAUUGGAAGCUUGUGACGGCUUACAUAGACCCCAACUUCCAGGUGAUCAUCAAGAUGAAGAGCGCGCACAUGGCGGGCACGUUCAUCAAGACCAAGAAGUGUGUUGUGGCGGACGUCCGGGCGGAGGUGGCGGCGUGGGCGGGCAGGGAGGUGGAGGAGGGGGCCCGGCGGAGGGGCUACUUCGGGGUGCGGACGGAGGAGCGGAUGAUCGAGUUCGAGUGCCGGAGCAGGCAGGAGCAGCACAAGUGGGUGCAGGGCAUCACCGAGAUGCUCAACCGCCGCGACAACAUGAACAUGAACAUCACCCACCUUGUAAACUAAAUCAGUCAGAUGCCAUGGAAAUGCAGCACUCAGUCGGUGCUAUUCUGGUUUCGUGUGGUCGAUCACAUCUGCAUGUAUAUAUGUUACUCCUUGUGAUUCAGCACCAGCUUUGGUUGAAUCGAACGAACUUUGGAUGCGAGUACUA